AUGCCAGUCACCAUUCGGCUAGACCACCAGGGCCCCAUCACCUAUUCGUCAGCCCUCAGGAAGAACGCGGACAUCAUCAGCCAGGCAGCGCACUUGGCAGCUACGGAGGAACUCUGCCGGGUGCUCUGGGACAGCAAGGGAACAAUCGAGGCUCUUGUCAGGCACCAUCUAUCGCUAGACAAUUGUGAUUCUUGCACCGUUGCGCCAUGCGACCAAUGGAUCCGAGGCGGCUUCAACGUCUGUGUGCCGGUCGAGACGCGGUCGCGAGACGCGCAUGGCGUUCCCAGGAGGCUGAUCUUCCGUUGCCCCAUGCCACACAAGCUCGCCGAAGCCAGGUAUCCAGGCACAGUGGACGAGAAGCUGAGCUGCGAGGUAGGCACGUACGCGUGGAUGCAGGAUUGGUGCCCCGACGUCUGCAUACUGCAACUGUACGGCUUCGCCUUCUCGGACCAUCUCCACUUCACACAUGAGCGACGCAUGCCGUUCUAUGUUCGCUGGUGGCGCGCAAUCCGACGCCACCUCAGCGGCCUCUUCGGGCGGCAGACCUUGUCACGCUACGCCGAACACCCCGCUAGCCGGCGUCUUCCGGCCGCCUAUAUGCUGCUCGAGUACGUCGGCCCGGAUACGGGGCGGAUGCCUUCCAACACAUGGAGGGCGCACCGGGGCGACUCGACCAAGCGGCGCACGCUGUUCCGGGGCUUGGCCCGCGUGAUGCUUCCCUUGGCGCGCGUCCCGCAGCCUCGGAUCGGGUCGUUUCGCUUCAAUCCCGACGGCACGGGGACGCUGACAAACCGGCCGCUGCCCUGCUGCGUCGCCAUCCUGGAGAACGGCGGGGCGCCCAGGACGAUGCCGCGCGACGAAACGUACGGCUGUCCCGAGCCGUUCGUCGCCGAUAUGCUCGCGCUCCACGACGGGAGCUUCCUCGCGCAGCGGAACGUCGUCUUCGACGCCACCGACUGCCGUGGCCAGAUGGCCGCC